CCUCCCGCUUUCCCUAGCGUCGAGUAUUUGUUCUCUAGCAGCUUCACUCACUUUCUCUCCCUUUCUGUUUGUCUGUGAAGUAAAACUUCGCGUACUUCGGCUUCGAAAAUGGCUGAUGAAAUUCGAUACUUUGAGUUGAACACCGGAGCCAAAAUCCCCUCCGUUGGAUUAGGCACGUGGCAGGCUGAUCCCGGUGUUGUCGGCAAUGCCGUCGCCGUCGCCAUCAAGGCUGGAUACCGUCAUAUUGAUUGUGCUCGUGUCUAUGGCAAUGAAAAGGAGAUUGGUUCGGUGCUCAAGAAAUUGUUUGAAGAUGGUGUGGUUAAGCGUGAGGAUUUAUUUGUGACCUCUAAACUCUGGUGUACUGAUCAUGCACCAGAAGAUGUAGCAGAGGCACUGGGCCAAACUUUGCAGGACUUGCAGCUUGACUAUGUUGACUUAUACCUUAUUCAUUGGCCUGUUAGCAUGAAGAAAGGGUCUAUUGGCUUCAAGCCUGAGAACUUUGUUCCACCAAAUAUACCUGCCACAUGGAAAGCAAUGGAGGCACUCUAUGAUGCUGGCAAGGCUCGAGCUAUUGGUGUGAGUAAUUUUUCCUCAAAGAAGCUUGGAGAUUUGUUGGAAGUAGCACGUGUGCCUCCUGCUGUUGACCAAGUGGAGUGCCAUCCUUGUUGGCAGCAACACAAGCUUCAUGAAUUCUGUAAAUCGAAGGGUGUUCACCUAUCUGGAUAUUCUCCAUUGGGUUCUCCUGGUACAACAUGGCUCAAGAGUGAAGUCCUCAAGCAUCCGGUACUCAAUAUGGUUGCAGAGAAAUUAGGCAAAACUACUGCACAAGUUGCUCUGCGCUGGGGCCUGCAAAUGGGUCAUAGUGUGCUUCCCAAAAGCACAAAUGAAGAGAGGAUCAAGCAGAACUUAGAUGUCUAUGGCUGGUCUAUACCUGACGAUUUGUUUGCCAAGAUUUCUGAAAUUGAGCAGGCUAGGCUGGUUAGAGGAACUUCAUUUAUCCAUGACACUUAUGGUGUAUACAGGUCUGUUGAAGAAUUAUGGGAUGGUGAGAUUUGAGGAAAUGUAGUAUUUCAUAUUAAGAAGUUCAUCAAGAGGAUUGCCAUGAUAUUAAUCGAAGCUCUUUGGAAGUUCUGUAUUGGUUCUUUGUGCUUGGUAAUUUGAGAGUUUCUAGUGAAAGUAUUGAACUUUAAAUUGAAUGGGGACUUAAUUCUCAGACAUUUCUCAUUUA